AUGCCUCGACGCUCGUCGGAACAGGCGCCGCUGCUCGGGCGGCGACCCCGUCCCAACACGCUGUCGGCCGCGCAAGAGUCGCUCUCGCGCAUGGAGCAUGCGUCGGUGCUGUCGACGCGCGAUAUCGUGCUGAUGAUCGUGUGCCUGUGCCUCGUCGUCACGGGGCUGUACACGCUGAUCCAGUACGAUGACCGGCGCCGCAUGCACGACGUGUGCGUGUCGCGCCACUGCGUCAAGACAGGCGCGCGCGUCCUGCGUGCGCUCGACGAGUCGAUCGAUCCCUGCGACGACUUUGUCGCGUUCGCCACCGGCGGCUCACAGGCCAGGCGCGCGAACGGCACGCGGGUGCUCGACGAGGUGGCGUUAGACGUCGAUCGCGCUAUCCACAAGCUCGCGACGCGCCGCAUUCCCCGCGAGAUGCCCGACGCGGACGCACAGAAUCUCGGCAAGGUGCAGGCAUGGUACGCGGCGUGCCGCGCAACCAACGACACGCAGCCCGAGGCCGACACCGUCCGCGCCAUGCUGGCCAUGCCACGUCCUCACGCGCUCGCAUGGCUGCACGCACACGCGCUCGAGGCGUGGGGCCAGCUCAGCGUCCAGCCGGAUGCCAGCUCACCCGCGCACACGGCCACACUGCACCUCGCACCCCCGACACCCGCGUCCGUCAGCGAGAUCCAAGCGGGCUUGGCUCGGCUGCAGCACGCCGGCGUCUCGCUCGCCGCCCAGACCAGCGACAUUCACCACGUCCACGCCAGCCUCGCGCGCGCCGCGCCCGACGCCACCCUGCCCGUCGACGAGCUCGCUCGCCUCGCGCCGUCCGUCGACUGGGACGCGUACUUCGCCGCCCUCGGCACGCAGCCGACGCACGUCCGGACCAGCGCCACACUCCUGCGCUCCAUCGAACUCACAUGGACAGCCACACCCGAGUCCGUGUGGCGCGCCUACGCGGCAUGGGCGGCCGUACGCGCCCUCCCAGACGGCUCGCGCCGCGCCUGCGUACGGCACAUGCAGGCCUCGCUCGGCCCACUCGUGCACCGCUACUACGUCGCCGAGGCCUCCCUCUCCAGCGCCACCGCCGCUCACGCCGCCCGCAUGGCCGACGACAUUCGCGCUACCUACUUCCGCCGGCUGUACGAGCUGCCAUGGCUCGACGCCGAAACGAGACGCACGGCCCUCGCCAAGGCCUCCGCGCUGACGAUCCACGUCGCCUCAUCCGCCAGCGCACAAGACCUCGCGCAGCAGUACGCCGAUCUGCCCGUAUCGCAGGACAGCGCACAGAACGCCUGGCACGCCGGAGCGCACUCGAUGCGGCACGCCCUCGCGGAGCUCGGCGUAUCGCCCUACCACGCCCGCACCGGCCCAUGGACGGCCGUGCAGGCCACGUACCUGCCCGCCCACAAUGAGCUCGACAUCGGCGCAGGACUACUGCGCCCGCCGAUCCUCGAUACGGCCGCGCCCAUGUACCUCCGCUUCGGCGGUCUCGGCUCACUCCUGGCGCGCGACAUGUCGCAGGCCCUCGACGGCACAUGCGGCCAGCACUACGACGCCUACGGAACAAGACGCGAUUGGUGGUCAAACGCCACAGCCCACGCUUUCGCGCAGCUCGAAACCUGCCUCGCACAACAGGGCCGCGACGUCCCCGACGCCGUCGCAGACGACGCGGGCCUCGCUCACAGCUACCGCGCUUGGCACCACAUCCUCGACAACGGCGGCAUGCGCGUGUUCGAACAGAACCAGCGGCUGCCCGGCCUCGUGCUCUACUCCCACGAACAGCUGUUCUUCAUCGCGUACGCACAGCUCUGGGCCGAACGCGGCUCAGCUCGCGACGCUCGCCGCCUCCAUCAGGCCCUCACGCACUUUGCGCCCUUCGCCGCCGCCUUCGAGUGCAAGGCGCCCCGCACGCGCUGCGACGUUUGGUAG